CGCCGAACCGACGUACUCUUCCUCAGUCAACGGACACAGCGCAACAGCAUCGGAUUGUAUUGGCCGGGUGCAAGUCAGCUGAAGCGACACAUCGCACACUGCUAUUGUCUCAAACGAUAAUGCCACGAGGUGGAUCCAAAGGAAACGACGCAGCGGCACCAAAAGUGAAGGGCCGCAAGUCUGCAUAUUCUUUCUUCGUCAAAGAGGAAAGGAAACGAUGGAACGAGCAGAAAGCGAAGGAAGCAGCAGAGAAAAAGAGCAAAGACGACACCAACGAAGAAUCUGGAAAAAAAGACAACGAUCUCGGUGCUUUUUCUACAGAGUGUUCUAAACGUUGGAAGGAGCUGGCAGAGGCCAAACGCACGCCCUACAUUGAGCUUGCAAACCAAGACAAAAUCAGAUAUGAUGCAGAAAAGGCGAAGGCAGCUAACAGCGAGGGCAAGGACGAAGGCGGCUCUGCAAAACGUUCCCGGCGUGUCAAAGACCCUGCCGCUCCCAAGCGCGCCAAAUCUGCUUUUCUCCAUUUUUGUGGUAUUCGGCGACCACUUCUGAAGCAAGUGGAAGAACACAAAGACAAGAAAAUGACAGAGCUGAGCAAAAUCUUGGGAGCCGAAUGGCGAAAGAUGACAGAUGAAGAAAAGGCACGUUAUGUCGAGAUGGAGAAGAAAGAACGAGAUAGCUAUGAGGAGAAGAAGAAGCACUAUCAGAAGACAGGAGGCACAGCACAGCCUGCAAAGAAGGGGAGAGGCAGACCAAAGAAACAGAAAGUAUCAGAAGAAGAGGAGGAGGAUGAUGAUGAUGAUGAUGAUGAGGUAGAAGAUGAAGAGGAAGGGGAGGAGGACGAAGACGAGGAAGAUGAUGAUCCGGAAGAUUAGACUGUUGCUAGUAGUAGUUAGCUUUGCUGAAUUGGAUUGAUUGUGGUUAUAAUGUAAGCUGAGGCUGUACUGGGGUAGCUGGAGCGAGGGAAGACUUUGAACUGAACUAAUUGUUGUCACUUGAA